AUGCCCAUUCCAGAAAGAAAUCUGAUCUCGGGAGGGGUGUAUAUUGGUACAGUCUAUCUUAUACAGAACCUUGUACCGGCUCUCUUGAUUCUCUAUACCAAAAAGCGGUCCUUGCUACGCUACCUCUGGGCUCCAUGUUCCACAUGGAUUUUCUAUCAGUAUCUGCUACUUCCUGUAACCCAUGCCAGUUCAGCAGGAUAUUACACCAAGGCCGGGUCACAGAUUGCGGCGGGCGUUCUACAAAGCCUGAAUUUAUUGAUUAUCGACGCCCAGGACCGGGACGACCUUCUUCAAAAGCGAGUCAUCCAGCCAUCUGCAAAUGGAUUCAAGACAGUUUUCCGCACUGCGCGCCUUUUCAUGUGUCUGCGUGGUAUUGGGACGCCGUGGCAGGCCAGGGACCUGCCACCACAGCCAGCAUUCCUGACUCGCCGAGGAAGCCCUCGAUAUCUGUUCCUGAUCCGGCAGGCAGCCUUUGCACUGUGGUAUUACUUGGUUUUCAACGUCCUCACAUUUCUCUCACUGCAGGCCGCGUCCCAGGGGCGUAGCCUAUUAAAGGAGCCCAGCUUCAACCUCGACUACUUCACUGUAUCAAUCAACCAGUGGCUGGGUCGGGUAAUGGUGUCUUGGAUGACUUGUUUUGUAUCUAUUCCUCUGUCUCUUGAUUUCGACUACCGGGUCCUUUCGAUCGUCUUUGUCAUGCUCGGGAUUGAUUCUCCAGACGAUUGGCCGCCAUUAUUUGGCAGUGUCUGGGAUGCUUAUACAGUGCGCAAUAUAUGGAGUAAAUACCUUCACCAAAUUUUCCGAUGGCCUUUCACGUCUCUCAGUCGUUUCCUAACGCGAGAGGUGCUCGAUCUUCCCAAACGAUCAGCAUUGGAACGAUACACGAACGUCCUGUUUGUCUUCACUCUUUCGGGCCUGGUCCACUUUGGCACGGACUUGGUGAUGGGAAUCCCUGCCAACAAGUCCUUCUCAAUGUUCUACUUCCCUUCGUUCGCCUUGGGCAUUAUGAUAGAGGAUCUCUUUCAGCAAGCCUGGCACGCCAUGACGACUUCGGAAAAUGCAAAUGCCCCUAAGUCCUCGUCGGGAGCGACUCGACGUCGUGAGACACCAUGCUGGCAAAAGGUUGCCAGUUUUCUGUGGACCACAGUGUGGAUUUCUAUACUCACGCCCAUGUGGAUAUAUCCCAUGCAAGCUUUCACUGCGGAAAGCAUGUUUCUCAUAUACGUUCCUAGGCUGGUCGGAAUGCCUGCGGCGUUAGCUCUCAUUGUCGCCGGAGGAGUUGGCUUGAAGUGUGUAUUCGGGGGGGAAGAAUGA